ACGUUUAGACUUGUUGCGUCUGUGCCAUCAUAAACAAGGAUUGUUUUCCUUUUUUCUAUAGAGAGGAAUUCAUGAUGGACUCAUGAUGCAGGUCCUGUGGCUCCAAAGCAGACCGAGAUCACCCCUCCAGCACAUCGCGGAGACUUGCUCUUCUUGACUUGUGCCAUGCUCAGUACAGUAGGAAUAACUAAACUUAUCCUCACAGCAAAAUGAAGUGAGGAGAAUCUUCACAGAAAUCAGGAGUUAACUGUAGAGCAGGAGCCAUGUCGUCUCUGAGGCUCAUGCUUGUGGGAAAGACGGGGUCCGGGAAAAGCUCGGCUGGAAACACCAUCCUCGGAAACAUUUUUUUGCAAGUAGUUCUUCAUUUCACACCUGUAACUACUAAAUGUCAAAAAGGAGAGGGAGAAGUGGAUGGUAGGACAGUCACAGUGGUUGACACGCCAGGCAUGACUGAUUUAAUGGUUUCUAGGGAGGAUGCAAAAGAUGAGAUUGCAGAAUGUUUCUCCAUGUGCGCCCCAGGACCACAUGCAUUCCUGCUGGUGAUACAAUUAGGCCGGUUCACACCAGAGGAGAAACGAGCAGUAGAGGUGAUUGAAGAAAUGUUUGGUGAAGAUGCUUUUGAGUAUACGAUGGUCCUCUUUACCCAUGGAGACCAACUGGAGAACCCUGAUGAUCUAGAGACGUCAGUAAAGGAAUGUGAUGAGCUCACAAUUCUUCUUGAUAAAGUAAAUUGGAGGUAUCAUGUGUUUAAUAAUAAAAAGAAUGAUCGUACUCAAGUAACUGAACUCCUGAAUAAGAUUGAUAAAAUGGUGGGUGAGCGAGGACACUACACCAGAGAGCUGUUCCAGAAGGCAGAAGAGAGGAGAAAACAGAAACAGGAGAAGGAGCGCUUGAGGAGAGAAGAGGAAGAACUCAGACAAGAAUGGAAGAAACCAUGCGAAGACAAGGUGGAAUCAAGAAAGAAGAGAUGGUUUAAGACUCUUCCUUUAGUGUUGGGGGCAGGGUUAAUUGUAAUGCUGGUGAUCAAAGGCAUGCAGUCUGAACAGUGUCCAAUUCCCUGGUCUAGGCUUAUUUUCCCCAUUUCUUGGUGCUGUCAGUUUUUUCCUGUUCAGUAAAUGUAGGCCUGUAAUGCACACAUCAGGAGUUCCAUGUUUGUUUUUCAGUAUAAACUUCACCUGUGUGUUAUUUUAUCAUACAUUCAUGUUGGGAGACAAUGGUCUACAAUUAAUAGUCUCCAUGGUAAUACCAACUCCCGGUUAGUCUGCUGCUAAGGAUAUACGAGAAUAUAUAAAGGUAUUA